AUGGACCUUUUAGAUGAGUUUAAAGAUGAAUUCCCUACCAUCCUAAGAUUAUCACAGUCUAAUCAGAAUCACAUAUCAGAUACUUUUCAAAGGUUUAUUUUGCAGAAAAAGGAACCAGUGAAUAAAACAUCCAAAAUCAGAACAGCUCUCACUAUAGCCAGCAUCAACCGGGGAACAUUAAUUCAAGGAUUAAACAGCAUAUCCAGCUCCUCCAAAUCGGCUAAACUUCUGCAGCCACAGCUGGCAUGUAGACUCUUAGAGCUAAGGCACAUAUCUCACUGUCUGCUGAGAGAAGUUAACUCACCAAGGCAACCCCUAUACAAUGUGCAAGUCAAAAAGGGCUCUUUGUUUGAAAUAAUUUCUUUUCCAGUGAAAACUGCUUUAACUAGCAUAAUGUAUGCAUCCUACGCAGCACUAAUUUAUUUGGCAGUCUGUGUUAAUGCUGUGUUGGUGAAGGUAAAGAACAUUUUCCAAGAAGAAGAGUCCAUAAGGCAAAACAGAGAGAGUGAGAAUUUUAGAAAAGCAUUUUCUGAGCCUGUACUUCUGGAGCCUAUGUUUUCUGAAGGUGAAAUCACAGCAAAACCUUACAGAUCAUUGCCAGAGAAGCCAGACAACAUUUCAGAGCUCCUCAAGCUUCCCGCGAACAAGCACAGUAACAAGAUCCAGGUUUUACACUCUGUGUUUGACCAAUCAACUGAAGUGAACGAAUGAGAAAUCUGAACCAAAUAUCACGUUAGAAAGCCCAAGAGUUAUCGGAGGGUACAUUUCAUCUGACCAAAUCAGAAGACCAGUUUACAUAUGCUGAACAUUUGUUUUAAAAGAGGGUAGGGCAGGGGAAAACUACUAUGUCACACUCUUGUAUUUAAAUGGCAGGGAGAAUAAAAGUGAAUUUUAAUGUGGAAUAUACAUAUGACUAUAUGAUAUUUUUAAUGAGUAAGAGAAUUCACACUGGUGGGUUAGAGUUUACACUGUGUUUAUAAUAUGGAUGUUUUCAUAAUACAUUUAUAUUUUUAUUUAAGAUUUGUUUUGAAUGUUUAUCUGGGAAGGAAAAAAUCCUAUCAAAAUGCUACACAUAGAAAUGGUAAAAGUGUAUUCAUCUUCUAUUUGUAGACUGCAAAGCUGAGUCGGCCUACAGACAUUUUUAUAACUUACUUGUGAAGUUAUAAAGGUCUUGCAAUUCACAGAGCCAUAAAUUUAUAAAACAAAAUAUUACUCAUAAAUCUGAUGAGAAGAUUUCUGUAUAUUAAGACAGGCUAUGCUAGUAUAAGGCCUUUUAAAAAAUUAAUGGUGUUUGGCUAUGUCUCCACUUGGGCCUUGAAUUCCUUGGUCAAAGGAUCUUCCUGCCUCAGCCUCCUGUGGAACUGGGACUACAGGCCCAUGCCACUGAACCUGGCAAAGUGACCUUUUUAUUUCCAAAUUUAAGGACUCAAUUUUAGAACAAGAAACCUAGUCCACAUUACUAUUACCACUGGCUCUCAAGAAGAAAAUGCUUCUAUAAUUGACCAUAUAAACCAGGGUCCUAGAUUUUGC